GCGGCUUUGGCGCAACACACCCACAAGAAGAAAGGCCGGUUUUUAUUUUGGAGCUGCGGAGGAGAAAGAGAGGAGACCUUAUUACAUUUUUUUUUUGGUUGGUGUUAAAAAGGCAAGAACAGAGUCGGUCAUAUCCUCAAGCUGCACCUGAGCUGUGCAACUUUUAUUUUUUUCACCCUGCAGCCGAAGUUUUCCUCUUCUCCGUCAAGUUCUGGACACCUGGGCACCAUUCAAGUUCAUUCAAGCUUUUCUCCCCCCUCCAGUGCCUGCUGGUUGAGUUUGAGAAGCCCACCACCGCUCCUUAUCGUCGCCAUUAUCUCCAAGGAUGACGUGGCUCAGAGGCGUGCCCCUGCUCCUGAUGGUCCAAGCCUCCACGUCCAUGGUGAUGCUUCCAAACUCCACGGGAUGGGAUUCUAUGCUGGAGAAGUACUUGGAUGAGGACGGGGACUGGUGGGAAGCCAAGCAGAGGGGGAAGAGGGCCAUCACCGACACGGACGCCCAGCUCAUCCUGGAUCUGCACAACAAGCUCCGAGGCCAGGUGUACCCCCCUGCCUCCAACAUGGAGUACAUGGUAUGGGACACAGAGCUGGAACGUUCAGCUGAGGAAUGGGCAGAGACCUGUCUAUGGGAGCAUGGUCCUGCAAGUUUACUACCACAGAUCGGACAGAACCUGGGUGUGCACUGGGGAAGGUAUCGCCCCCCUACGUUCCAUGUGCAGGCCUGGUACGAUGAAGUGAAAGAUUACUCCUUCCCUUACCCUCAGGAGUGUAAUCCCUACUGCCCGUUCAAAUGCUCCGGGCCCGUUUGCACACAUUACACACAGCUGGUGUGGGCCACGAGCAGCCGAAUUGGCUGUGCGGUCAACCUCUGCUACAACAUGAAUGUGUGGGGACAAAAUUGGGAGAAAGCUGUAUACCUCGUCUGCAACUAUUCACCGAAGGGAAAUUGGUGGGGACAUGCCCCCUACAAACAUGGGACCCCAUGCUCAUCAUGUCCUCCAAGCUAUGGAGGAGGAUGCAAGGACAAUCUUUGCCACAAAGUUGAAGUUGACAGAUCCAACCAUUUGCACGAAGAAGCAGAGGAAAGCAACUUUAUUGAACCAGAGGGCCCUCGAGGCACAAAACCCUGGUCUCGGGUCUCCAAGCCUGCACCUCCCAGCCUUCCUGCCCCAGCCCUGGCCCCCACCGAGCCCCACAACGAGGACCAGCAGAAGAAUGAUGUGGUCAACAUUCAGCAGAUGUCUCAGCUUGUCACAUGUGAUACUAAGCUACGAGAUCAGUGCAAAGGAACAACAUGUAAUAGGUAUGAGUGUCCAGCUGGAUGUCUGGAUGCAACAGGAAAAGUGGUUGGAACAAUGUACUAUGAAAUGCAAUCGAGUGUGUGCAGAGCUGGUCUACAUGCUGGUGUCAUAGAUAACGAUGGGGGCUGGUUGGAUGUGACAAGACAAGGCAGAAAGGACUAUUUCAUCAAAUCCAACAAGAACGGAGUCCAGUCCCUUGGAAAAUAUCACAGCGCUAACUCCUUUACAGUUUCCAGAGUGGCGGUUAAAGCCAUUACAUGUGAAACCACAGUUGCACAAUUGUGUCCAUAUGAAAAGUCUUCAAGACACUGUCCAAGGUUAUAUUGCCCAGUGAACUGUUUUGAAGGGAACCCUCGACUUUCCAGAGUCAUUGGUACCACAAUAUACUCAGAUAAGUCCAGCAUAUGCCGGGCAGCUAUCCAUGCUGGAGUCAUCAGGAAUGGCGUGGGUGGUUACAUAGAUGUGAUGCCAGUGGACAAGAGGAACCACUAUAUUUCCUCAUACCAAAACGGGAUUUCCUCUGAGAGUCUUCAAAACCCUCCUGGAGGGAAGGCGUUCCGCGUCUUUGCUGUGAUCUGAGCAACGAAGGAGGCAGUUUAACCUAAUCAUACGAGGCACGUGAAGCUUUUAAAGGGACAUAAAUCGGGCCACAUUGUUAAACGCCAUGAAUGAGAAAUUUCAGGCUCCGCCAUGCUUCAGGGGUUAGAUGUUGUUGCCGUAACAACGCAAACCCAGGAGGAUUUUUUAUUUUUAUUUUUUUAAAUUGUCAAUUUAGCUGACAUUUUGCUGUACAUAUUUGUAAAUAAUUUUUGCCAUUGUGUCACUGACUUGCCUUUUUUUUUACCAAGUACAGUAUGUUUGUAUGAAAAUGGACUUUAAAUAUACUAAAUCAUAAUGGCACAUACCAGAGAAAUCCCGCUUUUAUGUAUGGCACAUUUUUUAUUGGUGCUGUAGAACCGUUCUCUUUGUUCUUUGUACUUUUUAAUAACUGGGGGAAAUUGGUAUGCAUAAUUAUUUUUCUAUUUUAUGCUUUGUAGCAAUAUAAAUUGUAAUGGAUACUGCUGAAUGUUUUGUAUUUUAUAUUUUAUCACCUGGUUUACUGUUGUUUGCAUUUUUUCAAAUGAGAAAGUUGAGCUAAAGCUACCUGCAGGUCAGGAGGUGCACCCAACCCACAAAGUGGUCUUUUAUUGAAAUAUUUCUUAAUUUUGCAUUUCCUUUGACAUGAAUCCAAAUAAAAUCAGAAAUAAUAGCACACAACAGUUUUUGCAAGUUGUUUAAGCUUUAAAGAUUAGAAUGGACAGUUAACUGUACUGCUGUGUAUCAUGUCAUACAUGCAUCACAUUUUUUAUACAUUUCUUUCCUCUGGAAAAACAAAGAGGUCAACAUUUACAAUAAAAAUUUGGAAAAGGCCUACAUUAUAUGUUGCAUUAAAAGUCAAGGUUUGAUCAAAUAAAAGAAUUUCGGACAAAUCAAGCCUGAGUUAUUAGAGCAUAAAAAUUACUUUAAGGACAGUCUUUCAAAGUAUUCUCUAAACUUUUUCACAUUCAUGCUGCCCACACAAUCGGCUGUGAUUAACAUGAUUUGACAGACCAACAAAAAGUAGGGUGCAAUUUUGAAGGGGAAUUGAAAAGGUGUAUCAUUUUCAAAAUGUUUUGCAAAUAAAAAAGAAAUUUUGAGCAUUUCCUCAAGUCAAUAUUUUAGAAUAACCAUUGCUGCUAUUGCGUCUGCAGGUCAUUUGUCAUCUGUCUCAAACAGCUCUGUACAUCUAAUAAUAAUAAUAAUAAUCAUACAUUGAAUUUGUAAUGAACUUUAUAUUUAUACAAAUCCCAAAGUGCUACAUAGUAAAACAGGUAUGUGCUAAAUAAAAACACAUGGAGAGCAGGAAAAAUAAAAAAGUAAAAAAGAUAAAAUAAACAAAGACAAUUAGUAAAAGGGAAGAGUUCAAUUAAAAGCUCUCCUAAAAAGGUGGGUUAAAGACUAAGGCUGCAUUCCAUUUACGUACCAUCCAAAGUCAGAACUAGGAGCAUAAGACCCGAGUGAACAGCGUUCUAGUUAAUGCAGUCAGAGAAGUCGAGAUUUCAAAAGGUCAGGAUUCCGAUAGGAAAGCUGUUUUGUUUGUACUUCCUCUCAUGAACAUCAUUUAAAGCUGUAGUUUUCACAAGCAAUCCCCCGUUUUAAUUUGUGUGAUUUAAAGUUGCAGCUGCUAUAUCUAACAUUGAAUUUAGACGCAGUCUUACAACUCUGUCUUGCAAAAUAAACAUGUUUUCAUCACAGCUUACUGUUGUUGAUGCAAGUAGCCGCCAUAUUGGAUCGGUCAUUAAAAGAUUUCUCCAACUUUUCCUGUAGGAAGUCCGACUUUAGGGGCAGUAGCAGCUGAUCUUAUUCAGGUUUGCGAGUUUCAACUACAACUUGAAUGCAACAUACAAGUUUUGCCCAUUCUUAUUUUCAAAACAGCUGUGGCUAAAGCAGAUUUUAGGAACAGUGGUCUGGCCACAGACUCAGUUGGACUGAGGUCUGGCUUAUUGUCCUGCUUGAAGGUGAACCAGGUUUAUGGGUUUUCUUGUUCCGUUGAAGAAAAGCAUCCCCGACACCACAAUGUUUUACUGAGGAAAAGUUAGACUUUUCACUGUGUGUUUAGGGUGAUGUGCAGUUUCGGUUUCUUCCACUUUAUUUGAUCUGUCCCCUACAUGACUUUUGGCAAAUAUUAAGGUUUACCUCCUAUGGAUUUCUUUCAAAAAAAUUCUUUUUGCCAUUUUUCUAUCAAAAAUGUAUCGGAAUGAAUAACCAAUAGUUGGUCUGUUGACAUAUUAUCCCAGCUGAGCUGUGGAUUUCUGCAGCUCCUCCAAAGUUGCUUUGGGUCUCUAGGCUGUCUGCUUGGUGGUCUGCUUGGCUGGCCUGUCAGUUUAGAUAAAUGGUUCUAUGCAGUUCUGCCAUACUCAUCCUCAGAUGAUGGAUGGAUCAGUGUUCUGUCAGAUGUCCAAAGCUUGUAACAUUGUCUUAUAACCUAACUGUGCUUCAAACUUCUCUGCAACUUUAUCCCUGACCUACCUGCUGCGUUCCUUGGUCUUCAUGCUGCUGGCUGCUGCUGUUCACUAAUAUUCUCAAAUAGACCUGAGGCCUUUUACAAAACAGCUGUGUUUGUACUGAAAACAAAAUAUUCACUCUACUAACUAAGUGACCUCUAAAGGGAAUUGGUUGUUCUAGACUUUCUUUUAGGGUAUUGGGGUAAAAAGUGACUAAAUACAAAGGUACAGAUGUUUUUAAAUAGUUUUUUUUGUGAAAACAAACCUCACCAUUUUGGUCUACUUUGUGUUUGUAUAAUAUAUUAAAAUCACAAAUAAAUAAACAGUGGGUAAUGGCUGUGAAGUUCCAAAAUGUUAAAAAGUGACAUGGCCGCGAAUACUUUUCCAAAACAGUGCUUCCUCUUUUAUAAUUUAACAGAGACAGCGGCAUGUAAUAGUUUCAUCAGCUAUUAUUUUCAAGAUGUAACAAUUAUAAUUGAAAUGUGAUCUCUGUUGUCUAUCUUGUCAUUAUUUUUUGAUCACAUUGUACAAAUCCUCUAUUAUCAGGUAAUAAAACAUACAGAAUACCAUUAAAAACAGAUGUUUGCAUUUGAAGUUAAAAUAGUCAAUCUUACGAAAACAUUUGAAGUGACUGGAAUGAUCUGCCUUUGGGUUGCUAUUUCUUUCUUGUUAGG